AUGUGCACCGAGGUGUCAAAGUCUAAGGAGCAAUUACAGAACAUAGCGGUGGGUUUUGGCAGCUCUCCGCUACUCGUUCACCCGGAUGGAACCACCAUCGACCUAGAAACCGGAUACAUUCCUCUACUGGUGAAUUUUACUCACGAAGACAAGGCCGCAAAAGGACUCAGAAAACGAUCAGCCGACGACGAAGCAAAACCACCGGUUUACUAUUCCGCUCUCGAGGUUGUGCGAGAUCACAAAGUCUUGCUACUGAGCGGCGUUUCUGGAAGUGGGAAGACGACGUUUGCGAAACACUUAUGUUUUGGUCUGGCGACAGGACGGUUCAAACAGGCGCAGCUGCUCGCAAGAAAUGAUGUUGGGGCUGUGUAUGAGGAGGUGUGGGAUGCCACGAACGUCGUUCCUUGUUAUGUGGAGGUGAAGUCGCUCGACCAAUUGAGAGAUGCUGUAGAUUUCUUAGUUCCUAAUAUUAUGAAGCUUUUGAUGUUGGGGAAAAAGGAGGAAGUAUCAGGUUUGGUUGUCAUGCUCGACACCAAGUUUCAUCCUCCAGGGAAAGAAGUCUCUGAAUUGUUGACUUGCUUGGUCGAUCGCAUUACGGAGGCGGAACACGCUAGAAUCGUCAUAUUGGGCGACAAAAAAGCUAGCCAGUCGUGGAGACUUCCUUCUCACGUCGCAAGAUUCGAUGUUUUGCCUCUGCUAGAGGUGCAGCGACGACAGGCAGUGAGCCAUCUGCGUGGACUAGAAGAGCGCCAGGUCAGGAUUGCAAGUGGGAGAGCUGCAAAAUUACCGGCCAUAUUUGCUCUGUCGGUUGAAGCGGAGGUUGAUGGGUACGAAACGGAAGAUAUACUGCAUUUGUGGCUAUCGAAACACGCUCCUCGAAAGGAAGAGGCGAGCAUGUUGGCGGAGAAAGCGUUCAAUCACUUUCGGCGUGGCUCUCCAUCGACUGCAUCAGGUGACUUACCAUUCCUGGCUCGCUCGAAAGCAGUGCAACAACUCCUGGCCGCCCGAAAUUUGGCUCAAGGCUCCCCAGAGACGGCGAUCAGUUUAUACCGCGAAAGUCCGCAGAUAUGGGGGCAGGUCAUACUCAACCUUUUGGUACACCUUGGGCCGUGCCCACAAGGCGAGACUAUCAUCAAUGGUCUCAUCAAAGAAUCGACACUUAUCUCUCAGGCUGGCGCUUUGCUUGUGGCGAACACGGGAGUAUCAGUGUCGGCAGACAUCCAAGCCCGAGUCAAAAAUAUCAUGCUUGACAUCAUCCAACAGGCUGAACUAUCAUCUGCAGAAAGAAGAGACGCAGGCCGUGUAUUAUCACGGCUCGAAGAUCCACGCGACUUGGAAGAACUGGCCGAAGUCGAAGCAAUGACUUUGACCUUUGGUUCUGACUCUCAUCCCAAUAGCCGGCCAAUCGGGCUGGUGGGUCUAGAAAACUAUCGCAUCGGACUAUAUCCAGAUCGUGCAAUCGGGAUUACCUGA